AAGCGGUCGGUCGGUCAUGUUCUGUUGUCUUUUUAUAUCCUACCUAGGUACCUAAGCUAAGCUAAGCUAAGCUUUAUCUCACAUAUGUUUAUAUAUAUAUUUGUUUUAUUAUUUAUUCAUUUCCCCAUCCAUCUAAUCCAGCAGCCCAGACCACGAAACCGGGCAGUGGCGCAGCACAGCCACAUCUGGUGCAUACCUACACUGUUUUGGUGGCUUGUCCUGCACAGCCACAUCAUUCUUUCUUUUCUCUCGCCACCGCCACAGCGCUGACGUCGCACUCGCGGCGUCGGCCCCGCGCGCGCUUAAAGAGCUG